AUGGACCAAGAAGAUGUAAAAAAAGCUUCUUUAGAGCCUAAAACUCCAAUCCCCAAUGUCUCCGAUUCGGUUUCUCCGGUCUCUUCUCCAUCGGAGGAGGAAACAAUAAAAGGAGUCAUUUCUUUGUCUCCGCUGUGUAACCAAUACAGUGAUAAGAUGAGGAUUGAUUCCAAUCUUUUCGAUUGUGUUUUGGUUCUGUCCGAUGAAGAAAUCGUUGAGUCUAUGUACCAGAGUCUCUUGAGAAUCAUUGUCUCUCUGCAAAUACAAGGAAGCAACGGUGAGGUUUGGUGUUUUGACGAUGGUUGCAAGACACCACCUUCGAGACAUUCCGACAGUAACUUGGUUCCUGAUACUUGUCCUGGAGCUCCGAUGAAGCUCACUAAGGUAUCGAGGAACAUUGAUUCUGGGUUGAGAAGAAAACUCUUCUGA